AUGCUCCAGAUGGAUCAGAAUAUUGGUCAAAGACUUGCACCCCAGGAUCAAGUUCUGGCCUCACACAUGGCGCAGCUCGACCUUAAGAAAGACCAGGCUCGAAGCGCUCAUGCCGCUCCUGCCAUUGCCACAGCUGCUGUGCGUGGCAGCAGUGGGGGCGGCAUUAGCAGUAGCAGUAGGGGCGGUCUUGGUCGUGGCGGAAGCAUGGUCAGAAGAGCGUCUGCUGCAAACUCUCACGACAACACUUUCGAAGCUGGCCCUGUUGACCAGCUGGUCUGUAUCGACUCAGAACCUUCCAACGCUAGUACAAUGGCAAGAACAAGCCAUGGCAGAGGCUUUGAAGCCAUGCGUAUGGUUGCUGAACAACGUGGCCAAGUCACCCAUGCACCUCACGAACAAGCAAUCUCGCGAUUUGCAAAGGAGUUCUACAACUUGCCAACCAACUACGCUGGCGAUCCACUCAACCUUCGCAAUCAAAGCGCACCAGUCAAGGAUAACGAGAACACUGCGCUAUUCAUCACUGGGCUUCCGGCAGAUUGCAAUCAUACCAUGCUGCUUAAAGCUGUCGCUGGCUGUGCCCCAGUCGGCAAAGUAUACGCCACGGUCAUCAACGCUCCAAAGCUGAUUGAAGGCCAGCUUUUCACCGCAGCCAAGUUGGUAUUUUUCAACCGCACUGGCGCCGAGAAUUGCUUCAAGGCCAUCAAGCAGAAAAGGCUCAUUGUCGGAGGAUGCCGUCCCAGAGUUGUCUGGAACCGGAUCAAGUCGGCCGCACAGCCCAAUACCAGCAGGUCCCGAGUCAUCCUCAUUCGAGGCCCAUCUGAGCUGGUCAGGCGCGAUGUGCUGGAUCGCUGGUUCUCGAAAAAGUUCAGUUACCAGACUGAGGAUGUCUUGGUACGCCGAGUACCACAAGCCGGAGUCACAGUGCUUGAAUGGCGGUUCGGAAGCUUCCGAGCCCAAGCGGAGGCCGCCACGAUGUACAUGAGUGAGAAUGAGCUCGAGGGCACAAAGCUAGAAUGGCGUUGGGAAGUAGACCCCUGUGCUCGAUCCCAACUCCAAGCUCAGGUAUAA